AGCCCGUCAGUGUGUGCCCAGAGAGACACGGGCACCAUGGAACCCAUGCCGCUGCAGGACUUCAUACGCACCCUAGACCUCGCCUCCCUCCCGCGCGUGCUGCGAGUCUCCUCGGGGUACUAUUAUUCGAGAGGCAUCGAGGACAUCGGGGGGAGAGUCUGCUGGGCCGACACGGACGACCUGAUGAAGAUCACCCAGGUUCGCCUCAAGUAUGUGAUCUAUGAAAACCCGAAGAUGAAAAUGGUGGUCAGGACGAUUGACCCCAACUUCCAGGGCCACUUCGUCUCCCUCAACACUGCUCAGAGCUAUGAAACCCUGGGGGAGCUGGUCUUUGACAUAGAUCAGACCUCCAAGCAGCAGCUGCCCAUUUACAUCAUGUCGACCUGCAAGAUUGUCACAGAGGGCAAGGUGGUGACUGAUGAUGAGGUCCUCAUUUUUGAGGCUGUGGUGCGGCGCCACCAUACCUCCUGUGCCCGCUGCAUCCUGGUCACGGAGGAUAAGCGGGUCAUCCUGCACCUGCCCCUAAACCAGAGGGGGCCCUUCAGGAUAUUGGAAGCCAGUCCUCCUCAAACUCUGCUCCAGGCCCUGCAGGAACCGAAGGGCCAGCUCUUCACCUGCCCCACCCUGCCCUGGGACCACGUGACCCUGAGGCCCAUGUAUGAGAUCGAAGCCAUCAUGCACAUGCGCAGGACCAUCGUCAAGAUCCCCUCCAACCUGAACGUGGACGUGGAGGACAUCACCGCCUCCUCCCAGCACAUCCACUUUGUCCAACCACUGCUGCUGAGUGAGGUCCUGGCCCGGGAAGGCCCCUUCCCCCUGUCCGUGGAGAUUCUGGAAGUUCCUGAAGGGCGCCACAUCUUCCUCAGCCCAUGGGUGCGCUCCUUGAAGAUAGGCCGGAGGCUUUGCAUCCAUGGCCUAGCCUCACCACCCUGGCGGGUCCUGGCCUCAAACAAGGGCCGCAGAGAGCCCAGGUACUUCCUGGUGUCAGGGGCCUACCAGGGCAAGAUGCGGCGGCGGCCAAGGGAGUUCCCCACGGCCUAUGACCUCCUGGGUGCGUUCCAGCCAGGCCGGCCACUCCGGGUGGUAGCCACAAAGGACUGUGAGGGCGAGGAAGAGGAGAAUCCUGAGUUCACAUCCCUGGCUGUGGGCGACAGGCUGGAGGUACUGGGGCUUGGCCUGGCCCACGGGGCCCAGGGCAGUGACAUUGACGUCUUGGUUUGUCAGCGGCUGAGUGAUGAGGAUGAGGAGGAAGAGUGUGAAGAGGAGGCAGAGAGCCCAGAACGGGUCCUACUGCCCCUCCACUGCCCUGGCAGCUUCGUGGAGGAGAUGAGUGACAGCCGGCGCCACAGCCUGGUGGAUCUGAUUGCCCAGUUCUCACUGCCUUGUGAGGUCAGGGUGAUGGUCAAGGAUCCCAGUUACCCCAGUGACCCUCUGACUGCUGUACUGGGUCUGCAGCUGGAGGAGAAGAUCACAGAGCCCUUCUUGGUGGUCAGCCUGGACUCUGCGCCUGGGAUGUGCUUCGAGAUCCCUCCCCGGUGGCUGGACCUGACUGUCGUGGAGGCCGAGGUGCAGCCAGACCAGCCAGGGGGGUCUGUGCCCCUAGCCACAGUGGAGGAGCUGCCAGACACCUUUUAUUACACUCUUCGGAAGUUAGCAGCCUGUGAGAUCCAAGCCCCUCCACCAAGGCCCCCGAAAAGUCAGGGACUCAGUGGGCAGCGGAGACACAGCAGCGAGAAGGGAGGCGUCAAGUCUUCUCAAGUCUUAGGACUGAAGCAACCCCCUCUGCUACCCAAACCCAAGGCGAAGACCUUGCCAGAUCUCACCAAGGAUAGCUCCAGUAUGUACAGCAAGAUUCCUGGCCACAAGAAGGGCCACAGGCCCACUAAGCCCCAAACACAGGAUCUAGACGAUGAUGAACAUGAUUAUGAAGAAAUACUUGAGAGCUUUCAGAAAACCAUCUAGGUUCUGGAGGAACCAUGCGUCCUGACUGCUGCUUCUCAGGGAACCUGAUGCCAGCUAACCGUUAGAAGCCUCUAAAAGACCUCGGGCAAGGCCUCAUAGAAGCUGAAGUGCACACAGGGAAUGGCUUUGUGGGAACUGAUUUGAUGGACGCCGCACCAGCUUCCUUCAGGUUCCAGAUUCCUGCUACUUAGGGUGGGCCGGUUGGGACCUAACAACACCCCGCACAUGACUCCCUCAGCCUCAGAGCCUUGGGAUGCAGAGCAGCUGGCAGGGUUCCUCAAUCCUGCAACCCCAGCCAUCCCACCGGUGGGUGCAGACGAGCAUCAGAGGACACCAGCCUCGGUGAUACCAGUGGCUCUCAGUAAAGACGAUUCCAACCUGAUCACUGCAUGUGGGAGAUUUUGUUAAGGUUUGCCACCCCCACUCUCACCCCUAAGCUCUAAGCCCCGGGAGGCCUGGACUGUCUUCCUCAUCUCUGUAGCACCUAGCCUGAUCUGCAUGUGGUAAAUGGGGUCAUAUGAAUUAGUGUGGGAACCUGGCUUCAAGAGCAGAAUCUUAGGACCUUGGCCCACAAAAGCUGGUGGUGAAGUGAGGGAAGCCAAUUUAAGAAGACCCUUAUGGAGACCUGAGGUUGCAGAAAACUGGUGGGUUUCAUCAGGUGGUGAAAGAGUUGUGACUAUCCAAGAUUAUUUCAUUUUUAAAUCAUAGAAUGAAAAUGAGCUUCUACACAAAUAAGAACGGCUAUCAUUUAUUAAGUUCUGACUAUGUGCCAGGCACUUACAACCCAUAUCCAAAUCCUCAACUUUCUGAGGUACAGAAUGGCCUGAUUUUAAGAUUAGGGAAGAGUCUGUGUGGCCAAGUACCUUAGGAUGCUGACCAGCUGCAGUUAAGGGUGAGGACUUGGAAAGUAUGAGACUGGGUUAGGAUCCCAGCUUGCUACCUACCAGCCAGGACCAUGAGCAAGUUUUUUUUCCUUUCUUUCUAUGAGCAAGUUGUUUUAACCUGUUUCAGUUUUCUGACAUGUCAAAUGAAACUAGUUACUACCUCAAGAGAUUUACUGUUUUAAGGAUCCAAUGAGAUAAUCUUUGUAAAGCAUUUAGCACAGUGUCUGGCACAUAGUAAACAUUCAACAAACAUGUAUGAUGAUUGAGCAAGAUCAUGUAGCUGUCCUACCUCCAAAGCCUAUGCUUUCCACCCCUCCAAUGUUUCCUAGUCACAGGAUACAUUCCAGUGUUAAAAAUAUAUCGUAUCUCUAGACUGUGGAGGUAAGUUGUUGGCGGGCCUCACUGUCUUUUCGUUUGUUUUGUGGCAAGAUUAGAGAACAACUCACUGUCUUGUUUAGUGGAGAGUAAUACAAGCCUUUGUCCGUGCAGAGACUAACUCAGUUUUCAGAGGCAGUCAAGGGCUGUUCAGUGAGAUAAAGACCACAGGCCACAUUUUCUCUAACUGGUGUGACUUUGGUUUGUGGACUGAGGCAGUCACAGUGAGCAAAGACAGGAGACAAAGAGAUGAUCUUAUACUCAGCUGAGAUGGGAACCUAAAGAGGGUCAGACGCCCACUUCCCUGGUUUCUAGGCAUUGCCGCUGGGCGUGUUCUUUGCGUAACAUCUCCCUGGGCUGUCUGGACUCCAUGGUGACACUUUGGAAGGUGGAUGUGGAUACAUCACCUGAGGUCAGGAAUUCAAAACAAAUGGUUAACAUUACAAAAGCCCAUCUCUACUAAAAAUACAAAAAAUUUGGCCAGGUGCAGUGGCUUACACCUGUAAUCCCAGCACUUUGGGAGCCUGAAUGAGUGAAUCAGGUAAAGAGAUGGAGACUACCCUAACCAACAUGGUGAAACUCUACUAAAAAUACAAAAAUUAGCUGGGUGUGGUAGUGCCCACCUGUAGUUUUCAGCUACCAUAAUUUCAGGAGAAUCACUUGAACCUGGGAGGUGGAGGUUGCAAUAAGCUGAGAUCGUACCAUUGCACCCACAGAGGAAGACUUCGUUCACACCUAAACAGGAAAUCAUUUGGUCAUCUAAAAUACAUUGGUUAUCUAAUACAAAGUAACUGAGUUGCACCUUCCAGGCCUCCAGGCCUCCAGACUCGAGCAUGGAGGUCUCCAGGUGACUACUGAGUGGCUCCUACAGGCUGCUGGGCCAGUUCUGAUGUGCCCAUCAGCUCCCAUGCCCUUCUCCAGAGAUCAAGCUGCACUGUAAAGGAGGGCCCUUAGAAAGUAUUGUAGGGAGAAGCAAUGGGAAAGAAAGACAGAGUUCCUCCUUGGCACGGAACCCCAAGGGGCUAGUUUUCACUUCUGCAUUUGCAUUUACUCUCAGCACAAAAUUGAGCAAGAUGAGUAACAAAGCCACAAAAGCAGGGGUGGAAGAGGGGUACCAGUUCCUAUAAAAUGGGCUGAGUAGCCAAAUGCUGUGUGAGAAAUUUCACAGCAGCGAAAGUUGGGCUUGAAAGCCACAACUGUGAAUGUUUUUUCUGUUUGUUUGUUUUUGAGAUGGAAUCUCACUCUGUGGCCCAGGUUGCAAUGCAGUGGCACCAUCUUGGCUCACUGCAAACCUCCGCCUCCCAGAUUCAAGUGGUUCUCAUGUCUU